AUGUCCAUUCUUCUGAAUAGGUUUUCAUUUCUUUCCUUGUCGCCAGAAAUUCCAAUAAACAAAAUAGUGUUCACUACGUUGAUAUCCCGUCAAUACUCUCAAAAUAGGCAAAAAUCCAUACCACCACCUAGAGGUUCUGUUACUACACACAAGGAAUUUCUAGAAAAAAUCGGUCGUGAUUGUGGCUCUCUGGAUUGGGACCAUUUAUUCACGGCUUCACCGCGUGAAAUGAAAGUUGAUUUGGAAUUACCUACUAAACAACGACGAUGGAUUCUUGCGUGGACACAACAUUAUAGAGACGGUUUAGAUCCUUACAAUAUUCCAAUUCGUACAAAAAAGAAAAAGAAAUAA